AUGGCCACAGAGCUCUGGAACCACACCACCCCAUCUGGCUUCAUCCUCACAGGCUUGUUCAGCCACUCACCUUAUGACUCCUUCCUGUUCUCCUUGGUUCUUCUGGCCUUUGCUGUUGCUCUGGCUGGCAACAUCCUCCUCCUAAUGCUCAUCCAGGCUGACAGACACUUGCAUACCCCUAUGUAUUUCUUCCUCAGUCAUCUUUCCAUCAUGGACUUGGCUCUGACAUGCACGGUGGUGCCCAAGAUGGCGGGCAACUUUCUCUCAGGUCAGAAGUUCAUCUCCCUUGGAGGCUGUGCAUCUCAGAUCUUCCUGGUGGUUAUGGUAGGAGGAGCCGAGUGCCUCCUCUUGGCAGUCAUGGCCUAUGACAGGUACAUGGCAGUCUGCCACCCCCUGCGGUACCCUGUGCUCAUGAACUGGAAGGCCUGCUCUUUCCUUGCCAUGGCAUCCUGGAUGGGUGGGAUGUCAGAUGGUGUGAUUGACGUGGGCAUGGUCUUCAGCUUCCCCUACUGUAACUCGCUGGAGGUGGACCAUUUCUUCUGUGAGGUCCCCUCCCUGUUGCGCCUCUCCUGUGCUGACACCUCACUGUUUGAGGACCUCAUCUAUGCAUGCUGUGUGGUGAUGCUUCUGCUGCCUCUUGGGGUCAUUGUGGCUUCCUAUGCCCGGGUCCUCACGGCUGUGAUUAAAAUGCCCUCCACAGAGGGGAAACAGAAGGCUCUCACCACUUGCUCCUCCCACCUGGCUGUGGUGGGCCUCUACUACAGGGGGACCAUAUUUGGCUAUAUGCAGCGUGCCUCAACUAGGACACCAGUGGGAGUCUGGGAAACUGCCGUCUUUUACACUAUCCUCACCCCAAUGUUCAACCCACUCAUCUACAGCCUGAGGAACAAGGAGGUAACCAGGGCUCUGAGGAGGAUGCUGGUGAGGUGGGGCGUGUAG